CAUGGAAUGGGUCAGCAUAUUUGGUUAUUAAGAAGAAAUCAUUCCUCUCAAUAUCCUUUAAGAAAUAUGUAUGAUGGUGAAUUUGUGAAUGGAUUACGCCAUGGUUUUGGAUCUUUUAGAUAUGCUAAUGGAGCAUUAUAUGAAGGCUACUGGAAAAACAACAUGAAGCAUGGAAAAGGAAAGUUCACAUUUAAAAAUGGCCGUAUCUAUGAAGGUGUAUUUGAGAAAGAUCAUAUUGUAGAAUAUCCUGAUUUUAAUGCUGAUGGUUCCACUACUCCUGAUAUUAGUCAAAUUAGAACUAGAACUCCCUUACCUUCAGACAAUGCUAGUGUACAUAGUAAUGAAAGCCGUAAUACUAUUGGUCCUAGUUUCCAAUUAGAAAUAGAUGAACUAUUAAAUAAUGAGUUUGGAGAAGGUGACAGAGAGGAAGAAGUUACUCAGCACAAACCAAAAGAACCAGCAUUAAAGAUGAGACAAUAUUUAUUUAUGAUGAAGGAUUUAAAGUUGAUAAACAAUGAUUUAGAUCCACAAGCAGUAAUAAGAGUAUUGUCAUCAGAUGAUCCUAGUGUUGAUGAUUCUGAAGGAUGUUAUAAUCUAGAACUAGAGAUGACUUUCUUGGAGUUUUUUGAAGCAUUAAUUGGCUGUGCUGAGAUAUUUGUAACAGAAGCAGUAGUUAAAGAUCCUGCAACACCUCGACCAAGUACAGCUUUGACACAAGAUCAAAGCAUGUACUCUAUACCAGUAGCUCCAUCUAGGUUGACAAGUCAU